AUGGAUUAUAUAAACAAUUUUGUUCUUCGUUAUCGCCAAAAUCGAAAAAUGCUUCUUGCCAUUGUUUAUGUAGCAAUAUUUUUGGACAACAUGUUGUUAACAACUGUGGUACCAAUAAUUCCUGAGUAUUUAUUGCGUAUUCAGCACCCAAAUUCAACAGAUUUACUUUUAAACGAUAAAAUAGAUGAUUUUUCUUUAAAUGGAGAUGAAUUACAAUUGUAUGAAAAUCAACGAAGAAAACGUCAAACUUUGUCUUGGGAUAGUCCUGAUUGGGAUGAUAAUAAUGAUUUUAAUGAAAAGAAGGAAUUGAGGAGAAAGUCAAAAGAAGAAAACAGCCAAUUAGAUGACGACAAUUUUUAUAUACAACCAAAAUUAAAUUCAAAAUUUUCAAGAAAAAAUUCCACAUUAAAACAACAACAACAAAAUUAUCGUCUACAAAAAGAACGUUUGCGACAUGAAACUUUAGCAGAUGAAAAUGUUCACGUUGGAUUAAUGUUUGGGUCAAAAGCUUUAAUCCAAUUGAUUACAAAUCCUUUGAUUGGUUAUACAGUACCAAUGUUUGGCGGCUUCAUUAUUUUAUUUCUGUCAACAUUGCUUUUUGCAUUUGGAAGUUCUUUUAGCUCGCUUUGGUUGGCUAGAGCUUUACAAGGUGUUGGUUCUGCAUGUACCAGCACUUCAGGUAUGGGAAUGCUUGCCCAAGCUUAUCCAGAUGAUGCUGAACGUGGAAGUGCAAUGGGUAUUGCUUUGGGUGGAUUAGCUUUGGGUGUACUUGUUGGGCCGCCUUACGGAGGUUUGCUUUAUCAAUGGGCAGGAAAGGAACUUCCAUUUAUUUUACUUGCUUUGCUGGCAUUGUUUGAUGGAACUGUUCAAUUUUUAUUGCUGCAACCUAAAAUUGAUAGAGGAGAACCUGAAGGGACAGCAAUUUUGGAAUUAAUUAAGGACCCUUAUAUUGUCGUUGCUGCAGGUUCAAUAACUAUUGGAAAUUUGGGUAUUGCAAUACUUGAACCUUCCCUUCCUCUUUGGAUGAUGGAAAGUUGGUCUGCUUCAAUAUCUUAUAUGAUUGGAACAAAUAUAUUUGGACCUUUAGCUCACAAAAUUGGAAGAUGGUUGAGUACAUUUAUUGGAAUUGUUGUAAUUGGAUUUUGUUUAAUUUUGAUUCCUUCAGCCGAAUCAAUUUAUGGACUUGUCUUACCUAACUUUUUUAUGGGAUUUUCUAUUGGAAUGAUUGACGCUUCAAUGUUUCCAAUGAUGGGGUAUAUUGUUGAUAUUCGUCAUGUUGGUGUUUAUGGUUCAAUUUAUGCGAUUGCUGAUGCUGCUUUUUGUUUUGCUUUCUUUCUUGGGCCUUUCUUUAGUGGACCUCUUGUGCGGUCUGUUGGCUUUCCUACGUAAGAUUUUUUUA